CCGGGAACAGAUGCCGUCCUGUGCCUGUGCGAGUGGAUGGUGUUGCUGUACCACCGCUGAGCCGAGUGUCUGGAGAGAGGCGUGCUCCGAACUACGCCUCCCAGCAGCCCGUGCCUGCUGACUGAAGGAAGUAGUCACGGUGGUUCCUCUUGGACUUUGGGCAGAGAUUUGAAGCCUGAGAAGCGACAGGCUCCCGACGGUCCUGUUUCAGGCAGCCCGUGCCUCGCCACAAAAAAGGGCAGCUCCUCUCCCCUCCGGCAGAGCCGGGAUGGCGGUGCAGGUGAUGGUUCUGCCUUCCCCCCGCUGUCUAUUCGAUGACCCCGUGCAGAUCCGUGUGGUGGGUCUCCUGCCGCAGCAGGCGGUCACCCUCCGAGUCAGCCUGGUGGACGAGAGCGGGGAGCUUUUCCAAGCCCAUGCUCACUACAGAGCUGGGAGCAGUGGGGAGCUUGACCUCAGCCGCUCCCCAGCGCUGGGGGGCAGCUAUUCGGGAGUGGAGCCGAUGGGGCUGCUGUGGUCUCUGCAGUCUAAAGCGCCCUAUAAGCGGCUGGCGAAGAGGAACGUCCUAACCCCUUUCUGUGUGGACCUGGAAGUGUAUGAGGGCCACGGGGACAUGAGCCACUUGCUGGGAAAAUGCACCAAUGAACGAUGGUUUUUAGGAGAGGGGGUGAAGAGGAUUUCAGUCAGAGAAGGUCACCUGAAAGCAACCCUCUUCCUCCCUCCUGGACCGGGUCCGUUCCCUGGACUUAUUGAUUUGUAUGGAUCUGGAGGAGGUCUUGUUGAAUACAGAGCAAGUCUCUUGGCUAGCAGAGGCUUUGUGACUCUGGCUCUUGCUUACAUGGCCUUUGAAGAUCUCCCUGCUAUGCCAGAGAUUCUUGAACUGGGCUAUUUUGAGGAAGCUGUGAACUUCUUGCGGAAGCAGCAGCAGGUGAAAGAUACUGGAAUUGGCGUUUUGGGCUUGUCUAAAGGAGCUGAUCUAGCCCUUUCCAUGGCCACAUUUCUACCUGGCAUCAAGGCAGCUGUCAGCAUAUCUGGAAGUGGUUUUAAUUCUUUCAUUCCCCUGCGGGGGGAUGGCUUCACUCUUCCUGCCCACCCGUAUGAUUUGGGGAGGAUGAAGACCAGUGACGAGUCUGACCUAGUAGAUUUUUCAGAUGUCCUACAUGAUCACAGGGACCCAGCAACUUGGGAUUGUCGCAUUCCUGUGGAAAGGUCCUUGGCCAAGUUCCUCUUCCUGUCUGGACUGGAUGACAGGAACUGGAAAAGUGACCUCUAUUGCCAGGAUGCUGUUCAGCGCCUUCAGCAGCAUGGACGGGAAGUGGAAUUUUGCUCCUAUUCUGGAGCAGGACACCUCUUGGAGCCACCAUACUUGCCUCUGUGCCAGGCUUCGAUCCACAAAGUGCUUGGGAUGUUUGUGUAUUGGGGAGGGCAGUGGAGGGAGCAUGCCAAAGCCCAAGAAGAUGCAUGGCGCAGGAUACAGGCCUUUUUCUGGCAACACUUAAUGGACUCAGACAUCCCUAAGAGCAAGCUGUAG